GUAUCGAAAAUCUGCAGCUCUCCUGUGAAGAAGGUGAAAAUGGAAAGAGAUGUUGAUGUUUUGGGCAAAUAUCGAAAUGUCACAAAUAAAUUAAAGAAACGUUUCUUGAAGAGACCAAAUAUUGCGGAAGGAAUAGAACAGUAUGGUGCUUUGGCAAAAUCCCUACGACAACAAGAAUGUCCUCAGUAUGCUGGAUUUUGUUGCUUAGCACAAGCAAGAUGUGAACAUACUCUUGUAAAUGCUGCUGGAGAAGCUCAAGCUUUGACAGAAGCAGCAAGGGCCUUUCUAGAUGCUGAAAUGAAUAACAGAGAUAUAAAGUGUCCAAGCUUUGAGGAACAUCUAACGGCUGCCAUUAACUGUUAUAGUCAUGCCAUCAGGGUUUACAUUGAAAACAACAACCCAUCAUUGGCAGCAGCAUUGUGUAUAGAACUAGGCAAUGCUUUACAGAAACUAGAAAGACCUGGAGAAGCAAUGGCACACUUUCAAAGGGCCGCAGAAUUACAGUCACAGAUGAAGACUUAUGGUAUAUUUAGUCCAUUAGAAUGUCUCCAGUCACUGGGGUUGGUAGCCACAUGUAAAAUAGAAAUGAGAGAUUAUGAUGGAGCACUUGGUGUUUUUACUGAAAUGGCAUAUUUAGCGCAAGAAAGGGGAGGAUCAUCUACGACAGGGAAGCCAAUAGGAGCUUAUUGUGAUAUACUGGCAAGAUGUGAAGUGUGCAGAGUUUUACUUCUUAUGUUGCUACAGCCUACACCCCAGAGAAUCAGACCUGAGCAUGCCCAAACAUUGGAGAAAUAUGCAUGGGAGACAACUGAUGAUACUAUAACAGCACAGUUUCUCAGUGAAGAUUUGUUUCUAAUGUUACAGUCACUUGUAAUGGCUUGUCAGUCAAGAGACUUUUCUUCCCUGAGAUUACUACAGAAAGAUUUAUGGCCCUUGUUAUCUGCUGAGCAAAAUCAGUUGUUACAUCUUGUCAUCAAAGAACUGUCACAUCCAUCAGGGGAAGUCAUUUGAUUGGUCAAUCAAGGAAAGUCAUUUGAUUGGCCAAUCCGGGAAAGUCAUCUGGAAAAGCCAUUUGAUUGGCCAUAGUCUUCUAAUUUAAUGAAACAUUCCUUAGCAGAGACUUUUAUUAAAUGGUAGCGUUAAAUAUUGUUACUGCCACAAAUGUAUGUAUAACUGCUCUAUGGAUUAUAUGUCACAUAAGACCAUAUUAUAAGUGUUGUCAUUUUGCCCAUCGCUUUUUUCUAUACAUCUUUAUUCACAAUUCAUUCUCUUAGAAUCUUUAACAAUGCAUUAUCAUUGUAAAAGACUAUUUUUUAACCUAAAAUGUCAGCUGUUAUGGCAAAUCAAAUAUGAAUAAGAAAUGAAGUCUAGAUGCUAUACCAAAGGUUGUAUGGUGACCUAUCCCAUAAAUUCUUUGUCAGUUGGUCUCUUGUGGAGAGUUGUCUCAUUAACAUUCAUACCACAUCUUCUUAAUGGAUAUUUAUGGAGUUGUACUCUCCAGUAUAAAUUGUUAUAUUUCAUUUACAAACAAGUUUUUAUCAUGAUGAAACUAGCUCAACUUAACCUGAAAUUAAACUAUGGUAGGACAAUUUUUAGAUUUCUUUCAGAAUUUUAAAAUUUCAUGACAGACGACAGUUUAAGUUAACGACAGACGGAGGACAGAAGCCAAGUGAUAAGAGAAGCCAAUUUUAAAGGAACAUGACUUAAAUCAGCUGUACAAUGCUCUUUAAAAGCAAUGCUGACUGAUCAAUAUGACAUCUUUAUCUUGAGACAGAAAUUGUUUAAAAUUGUAUGUAAAUUAGAGUUAUUUCCCUUGAAUAAAGUUCAAUAAACAAAUAAAUUAUCUCAGUGGGAGAUAAUAAUGAUAAUGAAAAUCCUGCUUAAAGUAACCAAUGUUAAAACAAGGUCAAGAAACAGUCAAAUGCAUUUUCACAGAUUUUUGUAAAAUUUUACUUUCAACUUGGAUGUUAAAAUCUAAUUGAAUACUAAAUGAAUAACACCAUAGACUUUUCUGUAAGAUUGUUAUUUUAUUGUCAACUAAAUUUGUGUUAUAAAUGAUGCAAAAUAAGCAGAGGUUCACUUUCUUUGCUGUUGAUGUAUUAGGUAUUCAAAAGGGAAU